AUGGAGCUGGUACUGCGGAGUUACUGCGAUCUGCGGCUGCUGCUGCUGCUCCUCGGAUUCAGCGCGGGAGCUGUCCUCAGCCGGCCCACAGAUGAAGGCAAGGAGGUAUGGGGUUAUGUGACAGUCCACAAGGAUGCCCACAUGUUCUGGUGGCUCUAUUAUGCCACCAACCCCUGGAAGAACUUCUCAGAACUGCCCCUGAUCAUGUGGCUUCAGGGAGGUCCAGGAGGUUCCAGCACUGGAUUUGGAAACUUUGAGGAAAUUGGGCCCCUUGACAGUAAUCUCAAACCACGAAAUACCACCUGGCUCCAGUCUGCCAGUCUCCUGUUUGUGGAUAAUCCUGUGGGCACUGGGUUCAGUUAUGUAAACACAAGUGAUGCAUACACCAAAAAUCUUGACAUGGUGGCUUCAGACAUGAUGGUUCUCCUGAAAACAUUCUUUGACUCCCACACAGAAUUCCAGACGAUUCCAUUCUACAUCUUCUCAGAGUCCUAUGGAGGGAAAAUGGCUGCUGGCAUUAGUCUGGAACUUCAUAAGGCCAUUCAGCAAGGGAGCAUCAAGUGCAACUUUGCUGGGGUUGCUUUGGGCGAUUCCUGGAUCUCACCUAUUGAUUCGGUGCUCUCCUGGGGACCUUACCUGUACAGCAUGUCCCUUCUGGAUGACCAGGGUCUGGCUGAGGUGUCCAAAGUUGCAGAGCAAGUCCUGGAUGCUGUCAGCGAGGGACACUACCAGAAGGCCACCCAGCUGUGGGGGAAAGCAGAAAUGGUCAUUGAACAGAACACAGAUGGGGUGAACUUCUAUAACAUCUUAACUAAAAGCACCCCUACGCCUGCAAAAGAGUCGAGCCUAGAAUUCACACAGAGCCAUCUAGUUCAGCUUUGUCAGCGCCACGUGAGACACCUACAACAAGACGCCCUGAGUCAGCUCAUGAACGGCCCCAUCAGAAAGAAGCUCAAAAUCAUUCCUGAGGACCACUCCUGGGGAGGCCAGGCUACAAAUGUCUUUCAGAACAUGGAAGGAGACUUCAUGAAACCAGUCAUCAGCAUCGUGGAUGAGUUGCUGGAAGCUGGGGUCAAUGUGACCGUGUAUAAUGGGCAGCUCGAUCUCAUUGUGGACACCAUGGGUCAGGAGGCUUGGGUGCGGAAACUCAAGUGGCCAGAACUGUCCAAGUUCAAUCAGCUGAAGCGGAAAGCCCUGUACAGUGACCCACAAUCUUCUGAAACAUCUGCUUUUGUCAAGUCCUACAAGAACCUGGCUUUCUUCUGGAUUCUAAGAGCUGGGCACAUGGCAUGA